AUGGACGACUCUGUGAUGAAAACGCUGGUGAAGUCGCUCUUGAUGUGCAGCGUGUUCGAUGGUCUGCAGCCUCAGUCCGCCGAGCUCAAGGUGUUCGAUUUCAAAGGCGGCAAAAUUGAAAUGAAAACGAUCGAUUGGAACGGAACAAUUGAAAAGUAAGUUGGGGACGGUCUUUGUGCUUGUUUUUCAGGGGCUCGGUCAGUUUAGAAGGUUUUGUUAGGUUCGGCUGAAGAUUUACAGCGCCUGAUAUUUUUUUUUAUUACAGCGCAGUUUUUGAGACGGGUCAAACUCUUCAUGCUAGAGUUCACCAAAAUUGGCAUUUUUUCCAACUUUUGACCCGAAAAACUCGCUCGUUUCUGGCGGCUAAAACCAAAGCCAUGUCAAGGCUUGAAAAACUAAUUUUUUGCGCUGCGACCGGUUUCGUCUCUUGAAAGUGUGCUGAAACCUUGGCGAAGGCAGGCCGGGACGAGGCUCGUUAUAUAACGAAUAAAAUUUACGGUAGUUACGCAGAUUUUUCAAGGCUUGUUUUCCGAGUUGCGCCAUAUCUUAGCGGGUUUUUUCGGCUUCGUGGAAACUGGACAGAGUGAAAUUGGACAGAGUGAAAUUGGACAGAAAUAAUUUGGACAGAGCGUGGAAAUUGGACAGAGUGAAAUUGGACAGAGUGAAACUCGACAGAUUUUUUUUCACUGCAAAAAAUAAUUAUUUGAUGAUUCAAUAUUGACAUUUCGUACGAUUGCAGCGAAAAUCUGUCCAAUUUCACUCUGUCCAAUUUCACUCUGUCCAAUUUCACCCUGUCCAAUUUCCACGCUCUGUCCAAAUUAUUUCUGUCCAAUUUCACUCUGUCGAAUUUCACUCUGUCCAAUUUCCACGAAGCCGUUUUUUCGUAUUGGCCCAUUUUUUCAGUUAUUCUCUAUAGUGCAGAGAAUGAGGAGUGAACUUUAUAAAUAUUUUUUUAUUGCGUUGGAGAAUUUUAAUGCCUUUUUUGUUUCAGAAAGACGAUUGAGAUUGAGUUGACAAACGGUACAGUCGAGGGUGCUAAUGUGCAGAUGGUAGCGAAAGGAGAGGAUAUUGCACUCGGUGGACAAGUCAGUACUAAAGGUUCCAAUGGAGCAUCUGUGUAAGUUGAUUGCUUUAAUUUAUAUGUGACGUGUUUUAGUAAUUGCCCCGUUGCCGGCGACACAAACAAAAUCCGCACUGUUACCGAAAGAGAUUCCUGCGAUGCCGAUUUCGAGGUUUACCGAGUUCAGGACAAGCUCUACGGGAUUCCAAAAAGGACUCAGAGGAACACUUACAUCUUUGGUCUCGAUGGAAAGAAGAUCAACAGCGCGGAAAUACCCGUAGUGGUGGACGAUAAAUUGGGUGUGAAUCAAGCCAAUGGGACCUAUGUGUACAAAGACGGCGAUGGGAAGUGUCAGGAAGUCACCGUCGGUGCUCUGAGUCCUCCCUGGAAAGCCAAACCAUGCGCCGGCGGUAAUAUUACUCUGAUCGCCAACAAAAAUUCAGAAUGGUAUCACGUCGUAAGUUUUGGUGAAACAGUAAUUUUUCUCAUGUUUAAAUUUUAGCAGUACCUCGAAGUCGUCCACAACUGCUUGAACUCGACCAUUCCCGGCGACAAGCUCAAGAAAGCCUAUGUUCGCUUCUUCUCUGACGGUUCGAGUGAUAUGUAGGUUGAAUGUGCAUUGUUUUGAUCGGUUUUUAGGGACUACUCAACGGCAACGGAGGAAACUCCUUUCUGGACUGAGGACACUCAGAUGUACGUUGGAAUCGGCGGAGGGUGUUUCCUCUUUUUGAUCCUUAUUGGUCUUUCCGUGCUUGGCUUUGUAAGUUGGGAGAUUUGUGGGGUUAUUUGCGAACGGUCGGCCAAAUUGGUGCCAACGACCAGACAAAUUGGUCGUUUUUCUGGCCAAAUCUACCCAAAAAUACAUCAUUUCGAGGUGUUCGAAAUAAAUUCUUAUUUGUUUUAGUUCAAGCGUAGGGCAAUUAUGGGCUGUUUGAGGAAGAAAAAGAAGCGAGGAAAGGGAUCCGAGAAGAAGAAAGCGGACGAGAAGACCAAAACGGAGGUUUUGAAGGUGGAUUCGAAGAUGGAAUGA